GUCCCGCCUUUUCAAUAUGAGAAAAUCAGCUUUAUUCUAGAGGUGGUUCGGUUGAGUAGAAUGAAGGUGUGAAGGUGUGAUGUUAAUGCUCGCUGCUCAUCGACUAGUGCGCUCUAAAUCUACUGUCGGCACAUGUGCGGUAGUGACCGAGAUAAACGAUAAGUAUCGAAUUCACAGUCUCUUCAAAAUGGAUCCCUCAUCGAUCCCAUCACCGCCAAAGCUACAGAUCGCACAUGUUCUCGCUGAUCUUAAUAUCCUCAAGCAAGCACCCCCCAGAGCUACCCUCUCCUUUCUACGCAGCCUCUCCGCCGUAUCGGCCACUGUAGACGAUAGAAAAACGUCAAUCCAUUCACAGCCAAUGCCGAAAUUCGAUAGCCUCGGUCGUCGUAUACCCACGCCUCCUUCUGUUGUUCAGUUGCCGUCUCCUCCACUCAGGAAACACUCGUCUAUGGAUUCAAUUGAUCUCCCAGAAACCGAAGAAUCCAUCCGAGAGACUCGAGAACGACGUCUUGAAAGAAGGAGAAGUAGCGCCAGGGAUGAAGAAUUCAUGCGGGCGAAGACACUACUAGCAUAUUAUAACCAUCGACACAAGCUACAAGAAAAGGGUCAAAGGGGAAUGAAAAUGUCACAGGAAAGGGUAAACAAAGCGUUGAAUGAACAGGCGGAAAAGAGACACCAGGUGAGGAAACGAGGUUCUCUUGGAACGCUUGGAGUACCAGAUGCGAAUAGUUAUUUUUAAUACAAGAGUUUAGACGCUCAAACAUAAUUGAAAUCAAUAUUCUCUUUGAAGUUCUUGGGAGUUUGAAGAAUUUGGUAUUCAAGUAUUGUCCAAGUUCCAUUUAAAUAUCCAGGAACCCA